GGGGGUGGGAGGCUGCCCCCGGGAGGCCGGAUCCCGGCCGGCGGGCAACGCGGAGCUUGGCAGCAGCCGGGGCUGUUCCAGCAGACGCCCUCUGAGCCCCUCCCCGCUCGCAGCCUUUCCCCCACAUUCACUUCCCCGGGGGGCUCUGGCUCCCUCUCCACUGCCCAGCUCCAGCUCCCGGCCGCCCGCGCUCCGAGGGACUGCAGCGACCUGCCUGCCCGGCGAGGGGGCUCCGGAGGCACCGUGCAGCCCGGGCAGCCGGCCUGCAGAUCUGGACCACGGCUCCUCUGGGGAUGUGCAGAACCUCAAGAGGAGAUGUCCUCAUGGCUGGGGCCACCUGUGCCUGACAUCACUCCCGAUUCCGUUGUGGAACUGUGGAAGGCUGAAGCCCAGGAUACCAAGCACCUGUGGGAGGCUGAGUCUCAAGAUGUGGGGGACAGCCUGGGGAAGGUCGCCAGCAACUUCAUCCUUGGGGAUGAAGCCAGGAUUUCCCAUCCUGGUGGGGGAGGCUCAGACGUGGGACAGAACACAGGACCGGCCCCCAUCCUGUUCCCCUGUUCGGAAGUUCAUGCGGAGUCCACAGAGCGGAGGCCACUGAAGAGGAAAAAGGGGCCGGCUCCCAAGAUGCUGGGGAACGAGGUCUGCAGUGUGUGCGGGGACAAGGCUUCUGGCUUCCACUACAACGUCUUGAGUUGCGAGGGAUGCAAGGGCUUCUUCCGCCGGAGCGUGAUCAAGGGUGCCCGCUACACCUGCCACAGCGGCGGGCACUGCCCCAUGGACACGUACAUGCGCAGGAAGUGCCAGGAGUGCCGCCUGCGGAAGUGCCGCCAGGCGGGCAUGCGGGAGCAGUGUGUCCUGUCCGAGGAGCAGAUCCGCCUAAAGAAACUUAAGCGGCAGGAGGAAGAGCAAGGCCAGAGCUCGGCGGGGAGCCCGCCGGCCCCCUCGCCGCCCCCGGCCUUGCCUCAGCUGAGCCCCGAGCAGCGGGGGAUGAUCGAGAAGCUGGUGGCCGCCCAGCAGCAGUGCAACCAGCGCUCCUUCUCGGACCGCCUCCGGGUCACGCCCUGGCCCCUGGCCCCGGACCCGCAGAGCCGGGAGGCCAGGCAGCAGCGCUUCGCCCACUUCACGGAGCUGGCCAUCAUGUCUGUGCAGGAGAUCGUGGACUUCGCCAAGCAGCUGCCCGGCUUCCUGCAGCUCAGCAGGGAGGACCAGAUCGCCCUGCUCAAGACGUCUACCAUCGAGGUGAUGCUCCUGGAGACAUCCCGGAGGUACAAUCCUGGCAGCGAGAGUAUUACCUUCCUCAAGGAUUUCAGCUACAACCGCGAUGAUUUUGCUAAAGCAGGGCUGCAGGUAGAGUUCAUCAACCCCAUCUUCGAAUUCUCCCGCGCCAUGAACGAGCUUCAGCUCAACGACGCCGAGUUUGCUCUGCUCAUUGCCAUCAGCAUCUUUUCUGCAGACAGGCCCAACGUGCAGGACCAGCUUCAGGUGGAGAGGCUGCAGCACACGUAUGUGGAGGCCCUGCAUGCCUACGUCUCCAUCCACCAUCCGAAUGACCCCUUGAUGUUUCCACGGAUGCUGAUGAAGCUGGUGAGCCUCCGCACCCUGAGCAGCGUCCACUCGGAGCAAGUGUUCGCCCUCCGCUUGCAAGACAAAAAGCUCCCCCCCUUACUCUCGGAGAUCUGGGACGUGCAGGAGUGAUGCUCUUCCGCCGGCCAGCCUCCUGUGUGCGGGGGUGCCGGGGCCCAGCCUGGCUGCUGUGGGCUGGAGGUCUGGGGGGGAGGGGGGCAGACUGAGCAGGGGAAGACAUCUCUUCCGGCUGGGGAGGACUGGCGAUCCUAAAUGGGGCAUUAAAAGAGAGUUGAAGGGUUGGGAGUUCUCCGGCUGUUAAGGGAAACGGGACUCGGUCCAGGCGGCCAGGGAGCACCAGCCUGGGACGCCCGUUCGGCAGCGGGGUCUCCCACGGCUUCCUGCCCUCCUCCCGCCCACCCGUCCCGUAUGAGACAGUCCAUGCGAUCCCAUCCCACAGUCUGACAGGGUGCUCUGACCCAACGACCCACACGAAUGUAAAGUCCGAGUUCCUAAAGAAGGCAGGGAGCCUGUGGAGGAGGAGAUUCUCCGCGGGCAGAGGAGGGCAGAACCUCCGCUCCGGCGGCUCGCUCCCCCUCCGCCCCGACCACAGUUUGCGUACGAGACGGGGGGUGUGACCUCACUGCCCCUGCCCCGUCUGUCUGGAGGCGGACCCCGGCGCCCCCUUUCGUCCGGAUUCUCUGGAUCGUAUCCAGGCGGUCCGCUGGCUGCUCCCCGAGAGGAUCGAUGAGCAGCUCCCCGGGAGGGGGAGAUCUGUGCCCUUCUCUAUGGGGGAUGGGGCCCCAGGAACGGGCGUGAGAGUAAAGAAAAAAGGGCACGAGAGCGGAAGCUUUGAGUUAGAGACCUUUAGAAGUCAUCCAGGGCAAGAGCCUCAUUUUACAGAUAAGGAAGCUGAGCCUAGGAGGGACUCGGGACAGCUCCCAGAGCAGCAGCCUCAGAAUCCUUCCAGCCCUUUCUCCUUCGCCACUCCCACUCCACCAAGGGUCCCUCUUCUUCCCACCAGGACUACACAUCCCAUCAUGCAUCGCGAGGCACUCCCCUCGCUACCUUAGUGUACGCCCUGCUCAGGAGGCGCCAGCUGCGGUUGCACCUCCCUGCAAUCCUCCCCCACCUCCAGAAGGAGUAGUACGUUCCACCCCACACCUCCCCUUUUCUGGAGCCGCAGCACCUGAGCAUUUCCCAAACCGUGUUAAGGUGUGGGGGGGGAAGUGAGGACGGCACUGCAGAACACCGUCCAGGGCCACCGUUCGUUUGUUCUCAAAAACAGCUUCCAGGUUUAUCGACACUUUGUUUCCAAAAUAGACGAUGCUAGCAAUUAUAAUUAAAAGCGAUUUGCACAGUGAAAA